GCGUCGAGUCGCGCGGGCAUUACUGAGGCGGACUACACUUGGGUCGAGAUGGCUCGCUCCGUGGUGGCAGCACUGCUCGUGCUACUCUCUCUGUCUGGCCUGGAGGCUAUCCAGCAUGCUCCAAAGAUUCAGGUUUACUCACGUCAUCCGGCAGAGAAUGGAAAGCCAAAUUACCUGAAUUGCUAUGUGUCUGGGUUUCAUCCAUCUGACAUUGAAGUUGACUUACUGAAGAAUGGACAGAAAAUUGAAAACGUGGAGCAUUCAGACUUGUCUUUCAGCAAGGACUGGUCUUUCUAUCUCUUGUACUACACCGAGUUUACCCCCAAUGAAAAAGAUGAGUAUGCCUGCCGUGUGAGCCAUGUGACUUUCCCAACACCCAAGACAGUAAAGUGGGAUCGAAACAUGUAGCCAGCAUCAUGGAGGUUCAAAGAUGCCACAUUUGGAUUGGAUGAAUUCCAGAUUCUGUUUGCUUACUUUUUAAUACUGCUGUGCUUAUUCACUUUAUGCACAAAAUUUAGGGUGAUAAUAAUGUUAACACAGACAUCAUCUUCUUUAUAAUUCUACUUGGAGUGCUGCUCCAUGUUUGGGGUAUGUGGGCAGGUAGCUCUAAGAGGGAGCAGAGAAUUCUCAUAAACAACAUCAACAUCUUGGUCACAUCUGAACUCUUCAAUCUCUUUCACUCAAAGCUUGAUAAGAUAGUUAUGCAGGUUUAAGCUAACUUCUAAUUUACAUACCUUGCUUAGAAUUUGGGGGAAAUGUUUAGAAAUAUAAUUGAUAGGAUUAUUGGAAAUUAUAACAGAUGAAACAUUUUGUCAUAUAAGGAAUAUUUACUUCCUAUACAUUUAAUAAAGUAUAGUUAUGGUUAAUCUGGUUUAUGUUUGUUCCAGAAAUUAAAUAAAUCAUAAAACUUGA